CCUCCGGUGACGUCAGCCACAGGGCGGGGCUAACAUUCCUGCCUUGUACACUUUUGUCUCUACGUGGAGAAAGCAGGACACAAAACUGGACGCACUGUCUGGAAUUUCAAGCGCACCGACAUCACACAUUUCUCUGACUGACCGGCUCUGGUCAAUCACAGAAAAAUGUCUGGGAAAAUAUCAAAGGAAGAGCACGAUGAGUUAAAUGAGAUGUUUCAGAAGAUUGAUCUGGAUGGCGACGGCCAUAUCUGUCAGUACGAACUCCAGGAGCUCCUCAAUGACUGCGGCCAUCGCGUGCCCGGAUACAAGAUCCGAGAGAUCAUCGAGACACUUGAUCGCAACAACGACGAUAAGAUCUGCUUUAACGAGUUUUUGGGGAUUGUCCAGGACCUAAAGGGAAAGGAAAUAGCUAAGACUUUCCGCAAGGCCAUUAACAAAAAGGACGGAAUCCGAGCAGUUGGCGGGAUGUCGGAGCAGUCGAGUGAAGGCACGCAGCACUCCUUCUCCGAGGAGGAACGGUUCGCCUUUGUGAACUGGAUCAACAAGGCUCUGGAGCAAGACCCCGACUGCCAACACGUCCUGCCUAUGAAUCCCAACGGGGACUGCCUCUUCAAAUCGGUCGCUGACGGCAUUGUACUCUGCAAAAUGAUCAACCUGUCGGUACCGGACACCAUCGACGAGAGGACCAUCAAUAAGAAGAAGCUGACGCCGUUUACUAAACAGGAAAAUCUGAACCUGGCCCUGAACUCUGCCUCGGCCAUCGGCUGCCACGUGGUGAACAUCGGCGCGUUGGACCUGAGAGACGGGAAGCCCCACCUGGUUCUGGGCCUGCUGUGGCAAAUCAUCAAGAUCGGCCUGUUCGCGGACAUCGAGCUCAGCAGAAACGAAGCGCUGGCGGCGUUGCUGAGAGACGGGGAAACUCUGGAGGACCUGAUGAAGCUGUCGCCGGAGGAGCUGCUGCUGCGCUGGGCCAACUUUCACCUGGAAAAUGCCGGCCAGCCCAAGAUCAGCAACUUCAGCACUGACAUCAAGGAUUCCAAGGCCUAUUUCCACCUCCUGAAUCAGAUUGCACCAAAAGGCAAAGAAGAGAACGAGCCGUACAUAGACAUCAACAUGUCGGGCAUCAACGAGAGGGACGACUUGAAGAGGGCAGAAGCCAUGCUGCAGCAGGCCGACAGGCUCGGCUGUCGGCAGUUCGUCACCCCGGCUGACGUCGUCAGCGGAAACCCCAAGCUCAACCUGGCGUUUGUUGCCAACCUGUUUAACAAAUACCCGGCGCUGACCAAGCCUGAGAACGAGGACAUCGACUGGGGACUGCUGGAAGGGGAGACAAGAGAAGAGAGGACAUUCCGAAACUGGAUGAACUCCCUGGGAGUGAACCCCCAUGUCAAUCAUCUGUACGGAGACCUGCAGGAUGCCUUGGUCAUCUUUCAACUCUAUGAAAAGAUCAAAGUGCUUGUUGACUGGAAAUGCAAGGUCAACAAGCCGCCCUACCCGAAGCUGGGCGCCCACAUGAAAAAGCUGGAGAACUGUAACUACGCAGUGGACCUCGGUAAAGACGCAAAGUUCUCCCUGGUUGGCAUCGGCGGGCAGGACCUGAACGAUGGCAACCCCACCCUGACCCUCGCGCUGGUGUGGCAGCUGAUGAGGAGGUAUACGUUGAAUGUACUGGAGGAUUUGGGUGACGGAACAAAAGUGAACGACCCCGUCAUUGUAAAGUGGGUCAACGAAACGCUGGCAAAUGCUGGAAAAUCAUCCAAGAUUUCGAGUUUCAAGGACAAAGAGAUCAGCAGCAGCCUCGCGGUCCUGGAGCUGAUCGACGCCAUCCAGCCCGGCAGCAUCAACUACGACCUGAUAAAGACAGGCAGCCUGUCUGAAGAGGAGAAGCUUGAAAACGCGAAAUACGCCAUCUCGAUGGCGAGGAAGAUCGGCGCCCGUGUCUACGCUCUGCCCGACGACCUGGUGGAGGUCAAGCCCAAAAUGGUGAUGACGGUCUUCGCCUGCUUGAUGGGCCGAGGGAUGAAUCGAUGCUAAGCGACCGGCACAGAUCGUUUUUAAACUCAACACUACCCAGAAGCCAUCAGCAUUUUCAAAGAUUGAGAUAAAAUUAAAGACAUGAAGUUUGUUUUUUGUUUUUUGUUUUUUUUUGUAAUGACUCAAAAUCCUACAUUUGCAUGUCUCCCUGUUUCUUAUGAUUAACAGUUUGAAGGAUACCGUGCUGUCCUCUUGCUUGAAAUGAGGGUACAGUUGUAAAAUUUCUUUCAUCAGGUUGUCCCUUAACUGAUGCGGAUGUCUUAAUGUACAAGAAUACUGUUUUUUUGUUUUUUUUCUAAAUAAGUAUGCAUAUUUCCAGCAGCAAGGUUGUUUACAUAUUUUUACUCAAACUUUAAAAUUCUUGCCUUGAAUAAGCAACACAUUCCUGAAUACCAUGCUUAUGAAGAAGUGCUUAAACUGGGUCUGAGAAGGAGAAGGGACGGUGAGCUGGCGUUGUUUCGGUGGAGCGCACAUUAAAAACACACCCGAACAUUUCCUCUCACCUCAUGAAGUUAGAGCAUGCCUUAAUAACUGGCACCGUAAACGCUGACAUAUCUCUAUGCAGAAGCCAUACGGUCAGAAUAUAAGAAUGGCCAGCCUGAUGUGCGAUCUGUACUCGUUUCUUGGGAUUAUUAUGCUUCAUAAAUGCUGUUUCGGGGGUCGUCUCGUCCGUGUUGUAUUGGAUAUCUGUUGUUUUUUUUGUUUUUUUUUGUAUUGUUUUUUUUCUUUUCUCGUGCUACUUUGGAUGACGAGCUGGCUGACUCGACUCUCCUGGCUUCUGCUGUGCCUUCCUCUCUCCGAGAGUACUUUAAGGUGUCGUUUUGUUUUUUUGUAUCCAACAGUACCAAAUAAUAUAAACAGCAGCGUCAUUCCAGGUUAGCCUCAUGAUAUUCCGUGACAACGACCGAAUUGUAUUUGGUCUCAUGUUAAUAUCUGCUUUCCACGUACCAAUAAAUAUGACUUUGUAAACAGCUCA